AACUCUACCAUACCCCACAGCAUCCAACAUGCAUUUGCAGCUUGCCAACUGAAUGUCGGUCCUUUCUUCGGAUCCUCUGGAAGCCGGACUUUGUCUGUAUUUUUAGACAACUCAACAGCUUCAUCAACAAAUCCAAACAUGGCGGGCCCAGCACUACAACUAUUUCCUCCACCGCCUCGCCCUCCGAGACAGACGAGUCCAAACAAGAGAACUCGUGGCAAGAGUCGUACUCCAGAGCCUCCAGCAGAGACCAUGAACGACAAUCAAGGCACAAAGACCCAACCAGACUUGCACCAGUUGAUCAUCCAAGUCAAUUCGGUUCCUGUCUCGCCUGCAAGCUCUAUAGCACCACCGCCACAGGCACACAUGUCUCAACCCAGCACUACACGGAUACCUCCGCCUCCUGAAAGACCAAUUUUCGGUACUCCUCCAAGGCAACGACAACCUCCUUCAGAUAAUCCCUCAAAUGCCAGAGCCCGAUCCCCUUCUCUGUUUGGUGAUUCUCGUCCAGCCAAGUCCUCACCACGCUCUACCCCGGAGCCAAACCGUACUGUAUCACCGGCUUUCUCUACCAGUCCAACUUUGGUCCGAGCGAACAGCAGUGCGACGCAGUUUCGAAGUGCAACACCACAGGAACAGGUUCCAAUGAGGUCUAUAUUCCCUGUAUAUGACCCUACAAAAGCUCUUUCCCAUCAGGCAUACAAGCCGACACAGGCUUCGCCUACUCACAUCCCGAGAACCCAGAUCAGCCGGUCUCCAUACUCACCAGAAUUCUACGUUCCCCAUGGGAAUGUCGCCCAAAAUGGUAGCACAAGCCCGCCUCCCAAGCCAUUCUUCACGCCCUCAAACCUUCUAGACAAUCUAUGGUUGGCUGCAAACGGGCAAGGGGACCCAGCAGUGCAGAUGUAUACCUUGCGAAUGCAUAGAGCAACAGUAGCAAAUCCUACGAUAACAUUUGGCACCACACCAUCACUUCCGUUCUACAGUCUAGCUCAAUCAAAUCUGGCGGGAGAUCAUGAGAUCCCAAGCAUCAUGAAUGAGCUAGCAAUCCAGAGGCACCAUCCUACUCAGCCCAGGGUUCUACCAAUCGCUCAGCUCGAUCUUAUGACGCCUCCUUCGAUGGAUAUUACAAAGUUCGAUCCUCAUCAGCAGGAGUCAGUGACCCUACUCACGAGCAUCUUCCCUAAAUUGGCAGCGCUCCAGGCUCUAGAUGCCGCAGCCAACUCUCCAGCAGCAUCGCACAUUGCUGUAUCAGACCCAGGAGCUACCUCACCAGCUGCCCAGCGUCUAGCCGAAGAUGUUCUUGGAGGUGCAGCGCAACGCGAGUGCUGUGCACUCACUUGGACACGAGACGAUCCCAAUCAACAAGCCAACCCAUGGGCUAAACACAUGCCGUCAGAAGGAUCAUACCAGCUUCACCAUCCCACCCUAGGGACUUUCCCUAUCAAGUUGGAAGGCGAUUGUUCCACAAUCAAUAGUCCAUCAACACGUCCGGUAACCCAGAUAUACGGACAUAACAUGCCUUCAACCCCAACGCUUCGUCAGAAACCCGCUUCUAUCACUAUUCUCAAUCCUUACAUUCUCUCUCCAUCUUCACCACGAGCGAAUGCUUUCUCACCACUCCAACCACCACCUCGACUGGACAGUGUUCACGCCGAUUCCCGUCCCAUCUCCAUAACGCCAUCCGAGAUGUCUGUAGCUCAGCUGCCCACUACGACCGAUGCCACGGCUGACGAUAGUGUGCUUGCUCGCCUUGAUUUCACCAACGACGCACUGAUCCUCAAUCUUGGUGCUCUAACGCGCUUCGGCAAUCCUUUCCUCGUCGACGUCGCGGCAUCAGCUCUUCUCGCCGUUGCUGUCGCAGAAGCCUCGCGUGGCAAGAAGAGUAGCAGGCAAGCCAGCCAGGAAAAUUUUGAACCACCCCCGCCGAGUCUUGGACUUGAGCCCCAGCCAGAGUCCGACGCAAAAGCCUUCAAGGCAGCCUUUAAAGACGGUUUCAAUGCCUUCGGCGGCAAGGCAAAACCGCCCGUUCCUCCAUCCACACUGCGCAAGUGGUCGAUGAAGAGUUCGGCGAGCACUUCUACCAAAAGCGACUCCUUCGACAAGGACAUUGAGCUUGGGGACUGGUAUGGUCAGACGAAGGCCAAACCAAAGCUCAGCGCCAAGGAGAAGAAGGCACAAAAGAAGAAGGCAGACGAGGACAAGUUGCCGUUCGUAGCGCGGACGGUCAUCAGCGUGCUUACAUUUGCCUUCAAGACAGCUGUCUUUGUGCUGAAAGUUGCUAUCAAGAUCGUCACUGGAAUGGUGGUCAUGAUCACGAGGAACUGGAGUAAGCUAUGA